CGUUUCAUUAUAGCGGUUAACUUCAGAUCAUUACGCGAAACAAUUUUGAAACAUGGCCUCCGUAAAGUUUGCUAUUGUUGAUGCAAACGAUUAUCUUUCUAAAAAACAAGCUGCCGAUCCUGAAUUGGCGGCAGACUGGGCUAAGUUAGAAGAACUUUACAACAAAAAAUUAUGGCACCAACUUACGCUGAAAUUGCUGGAGUUUGUGAAGCAUCCCUCUUUACAGGCCGGCGACAACCUAAUACAGCUGUACAAUAACUUUUUAACAAUAUUCGAAAACAAAAUAAAUCCGCUGUCAUUAGUUGAAAUAGUAGCUCACAUAGUCCAGCAGUAUGCCGAUAAAAAAGAGGCCAUCGCCUUCUUGGAGAAAAUAGAAGCUAAGGUUAAAAUGAACGAUGAAGCGUUGGCUCUUUGUAAGGUUUUACAAGGACAGAUAUAUCUGGAGAAUCUGAACGAUCUUGACGCCACCGAGAAGAUCAUCGAAGAACUGGAGAAUACUUUGGAAGACGCUGAUGGAGUUACUCCAGUACAUGGAAGGUUUUACAAACUUGCAUCGGAAUAUUAUAGGGUGCGCGGCCCCACGGCCCGCUACUACCGCGCCGCGCUGCGCUACGUUGGCUGCGCGGCGGGCGGCGCCCAGCUACAGCCCGCCGAGCGCCGCGCCUGCGCCCUGCGACUGGCGCUGGCCGCCGUGCUGGCGCCCACCGUCUACGACCUCGGCGAGCUGCUAGCUCAUCCAAUUCUCGAGUCUCUGGAAGGCACUCCAGAUGCCUGGGCCUGUGAGCUGGUGCGUGCCGUAGCUUCCGGAGACGUCGUGGCCUUUGAAAAAAUAAGAGCUCACUCGCCGAAUCAAGAGCUACUCGGAGCUGAUCGUCAACUGCGACAGAAGAUAGCGAUACUGUGUCUUAUGGAGAUGGCCUUCAACCGUACGUCAGCUCAACGUCGCCUCACUUUCAGUGAGAUCGCGAGAGAGGCCCGCAUUCCACUCGGAGACGUUGAAUUACUUGUUAUGAAGGCACUCGCUGAAAAGCUGAUAAGGGGGCACAUUGACCAGGUGAAAGAGACAGUGACAGUAACGUGGGUCCGGGCUCGAGCCCUGGGUCGCGGUGGAGCUGGAGCGUUGGCUCAGAGGCUGGACGCCUGGUGUUCAGCGGCCAGCGAUGCUGCUGUACUACUAUCUAAGGCGGCUCCGGAUCUACUCACUCUAUAGGUACAACAGUUUGAUAAGCGAAGAUCGAUGGAGUAAAUUUGUUAUAUUGAAUGUAUGUCUGGUAAUAAAUUAAUUACAUUUA